UUCACUUCCCGGUCUAUUAUUUCCCCACAGAAAAAAAAUAUACAGCUAGGCCAUGUGGAGAAGAAUUUAAAUAUUUGAAAAUUAAAACCAUUUGAAAUAUUCUGACAAAUACAUACUAGCAAGAAGUUGAGAUGAAUUGCAUAAGAAGACGUCUGUUUCAGAUGGCAAGAUUGUCAAGAGGGAGAUUGCAGAAUUUUAGAAAGCAGACAUUGCUCCACAGUGAAGGAGGGAAUACAAUGAUGUCAACUUCUUACUUCUAUGACAGUGAACAUGCUCCCUUAAUUGAGAAAGAUUAUACACUAGACUCAGCAGAUAAGCCUCUUUUAGAAGGACUAUUUACUCCAGAGACAGCAGCUGAAUAUUUAAGUAACCUAGGCGAAGAAGAGCAGAAAAAACUGCAAGCUUAUAAACUGGAAUAUGAAGUUACAAGUAGUAUUUCAACACAGGCACCAAUAGAAAUGAGGGAUGAAUGGUGGGCCCAGUUGUUAAUGACAGGACAUUCUUCAUCAAGACGCAAAAACUUGUUGCGGUUCUUUCAAAAAAAGGAAAAUGCAAUGUUAGUAAGAGCGAAGAAGAAAGUGGAAAAUGAGAAAAAGAUGGAGAUACAUGAAGCAGGAAAAAAAGAAAUGAUGGGAGAUCUAUUGUAUAAUCCAAUUAAGAGAAAUACCAUUCAUUUAAAGAUCUUAAGGCAAACUAUGGUUCAUCAAACUGAUUCUAAACUAGCACAAUCUAUGAUAUUUGGUAGACCAUUCGUUGUUGAUAUGAGCUAUGAACCAUUCAUGGGAAUUAAAGAGAAGAACAGUUGUGUGGAUCAAUUACUUAACGGUUAUGGUGCCAAUAGAUCAAGAAAUGAACCAAAUGAUCUCAUAUUUACCAACUGGAUUCAUGAUAGCUUUAUCUUUAAAAAGCUCAACUUUAUUCAAAAAGAGCGGUCAGCUUAUCCUACCUUAAUGAUGAAAUGUACUGAGCAGAGUUAUGUGGACUUAUUCCCUAAGGAAAGACUGGUAUACUUGUCACCACAUUCACCUUUUGAAUUAACACACGAUGACCCAGACAACAUCUACAUAAUGGGAGGAUACGUUGACUUGGGUGGUGGCAAGCAAGGACAAAAACCAGUCUCCUAUGCUAAAGCUAAGCAAGAAAAAAUAAGAAGUUGCAGACUCCCUUUAGAUAAAUAUUGUGUAUGGGGGACAGGAGUAAAGUCCUUGACCUUGAACCAAGUGAUGAAUAUUAUGUAUGAAUUUAUUGAUACAAAAGACUGGAGCAAAGCAUUUGAGCAUGUGCCACGCAGGAAGUUACAGAGAGAUGCAGAUUUACGGGAACAUUUAUACAAAAGGCAGAUGAAAAUGAAUCGUGUCAACAGACGCCAAUUCUUAUGAACCAAAAUGGUAGAUUAUAAUAAGAUAACAUGAACGUUGAUAGAUGAUGAGAUACUGAUCAAACUUUGCAUGUUUUGUAUGAUAAGUGGUUUCUUAUAACCAUCAAAUGAACUCCUUUUAAAUAUAAUUUAAAUACUUGUUUAAUUGGCAUGCUUGUUUACUGUUUUCAAAUGUGAGUGU